AUGCAAUCAGUUGGUUUACUUAACAGUAACAAAUUUGAUCCUGCCUUGGAGAAAGCUAUUCUAUUUGCCGUUGGGAAUACUUUAGUUUGUGAUGAGCUUGAUGAAGCUAAGCGUUUGAGUUGGAGUGGAGAGAGGUUUAAAGUUGUGACUGUUGAUGGGAUUCUGUUGACGAAGUCUGGUACAAUGACCGGUGGUACGAGUGGCGGAAUGGAAGCACGUUCACAUAAAUGGGAUGAUAAGAAAAUUGAAGGACUUAAAAAGAAGAAAGAAGGCUUUGAGUCAGAGUUGGAAGAGCUUGGGUCAAUAAGAGAGAUGCAGCUGAAGGAGUCUGAAGCAUCUGGGAAAAUUAGUGGACUUGAAAAGAAAAUCCAAUAUGCUGAGAUCGAGAAGAAAAGUAUUGAGGACAAACUUGGAAAAUUGAAGCUGGAAAUGGGUAAUAUCAAAGAAGAAAUAGCUCGUAUUACACCUGAACUUGAUGAGUUGAAAGAUGUCAUUACCAAGAGGACCUCAAAGAUCUUGUUGAUUGAGAAGAAGAUCAAUGAUAUUGUUGACCGAAUCUACAAGAAAUUCAGUGAAUCUGUUGGGGUGAAAAACAUCCGUGAGUAUGAGGAAAACCAGCUCAAGGCUGCACAACAGAUGGCUGAACAGAGAGUUAGCUUGAGUGGUCAGCAGUCAAAGCUGAAAUAUCAAUUGGAGUAUGAGGAGAAGCGGGAUAUGGAAUCACGAAUCACAAAGCUGGAAUCAUCACUCCAUUUCUUGAAAAAUUCUUUGAAAGAGGUUGAGAAGAACGAGAUUGAAAUCAAGUCAGAAAUGGAGAAAGCUACGGAUGAAAUUGAUCACUGGAAGAAGGAAGUACGGGAGUGGAAGUCCAAGUCAGAAGAGUGUGAGAAGGAUAUACAGGAAUGGAAGAGAAAGAUUUCUGCUGCUACAACUAACAUAAGCAAACAUAUUCGUCAAAUAAAAUCAAAGGAGACACAAAUUGAGCAGCUGAAUUUCCGGAAGCAAGAGAUAUUUGAGAAGUGCGAGCUAGAGCACAUAAGCCUUCCCACUAUCUCUGACCCAAUGGAUACUGGAUCGGCAAUGCCUGGGCCAGUUUUUGACUUCAGCAAACUGAGUAGAUCACAUCAACAGAGUGUGAGACCCUCUGAACGCGAGAAGCUUGAGGUGGAAUUCACUCAAAAAAUUAGUGCCAUAAUGUUAGAAAUUGAAAGAACAGCUCCAAAUUUGAAGGCCUUGGACCAAUAUGAGGCUCUGCAGGAGAAGGAAAGAAUUGCAAGUGAAGACUUUGAGAAGGCCAGAUCUGAAGAGAAAAAAAUAGCCGAUGCUUAUAAUAGACUGAAGCAGAGAAGGUAUGAACUAUUUAUGGAAGCUUUCAACCAUAUCUCUGGCAGUAUUGACAAAAUUUAUAAACAACUCACAAAGAGCAAUACACACCCGCUGGGUGGGACAGCAUAUUUGAACUUAGAGAAUGAGGAUGAGCCAUUUUUACAUGGCAUCAAAUACACUGCUAUGCCCCCUACGAAGCGCUUCCGUGACAUGGAACAGCUAUCAGGUGGGGAGAAGACUGUUGCUGCACUCGCACUACUCUUCUCCAUCCACAGUUAUAGGCCUUCACCAUUUUUCAUAUUGGAUGAAGUGGAUGCUGCAUUAGAUAAUUUGAAUGUUGCCAAGGUAGCUGGAUUUAUCCGAUCAAAAUCAUGUGGAGGAGCCCGGAUUAAUCAGGAUCCUGAGGCUGGAAGUGGUUUCCAGAGUAUUGUGAUCUCACUCAAGGAUAGCUUUUACGAUAAGGCUGAAGCUUUGGUUGGGGUUUACAGGGAUUCUGAUAGAAGCUGCUCAAGAACAUUGACGUUUGAUCUCACCAAAUACCGCGACUCAUGA